UCUUGAUUCUUUCUUAAGUUUUCCCUGCUGCUACCAUUUUCUGCACACGACACAAGUGUGUAGAGCAUCUGAGCCGGUUCCUGUGACAUCUGCUUACAAAACCUCCAUCCUAUAAGGUGGAUACAGGCAUACAGAUGGCAGAUAACAGUAAAGCAGAAGAUACUGCUACAGAUUCUGUGGAGGCUGCUAAAAAUGCAGGUGACAAAAAAGAAAAGCUAGCAGACCAAGUGAUGCAAAACCCACAGGUCUUGGCAGCUCUGCAGGAACGACUUGACAAUACAGCGCUCACUCCUUCAAGUUACAUUGAAACUUUACCAAAAGCAGUGAAAAGACGAAUUGAUGCCUUGAAGCAGCUGCAGGUGAAGUGUGCCCAUAUAGAAGCAAAAUUCUAUGAAGAAGUACAUGAUCUAGAGAGAAAAUAUGCAGCACUCUAUCAACCUCUUUUUGAUAAGAGGAGAGAGUUUAUUAAUGGAGAAGCUGAACCUACAGAUGCAGAGUCAGAGUGGCACAGUGAAAAUGAGGAGGAAGAAAAACUAGCUGGAGACCUGAAAAAUGUAGUGGUACUAGAAGAAAAGGCAGAAGCAGAAGAGACAAAUCUCAAAGGAAUUCCAGACUUCUGGUUUACAAUCUUUAGAAAUGUAGAUAUGCUAAGUGAAUUAGUACAAGAAUAUGAUGAACCAAUCUUGAAACACCUGSAGGAUAUUAAAGUGAAGUUUUCUGAACCUGGACAGCCUAUGUCUUUCUCAUUAGAGUUCCACUUUGGGCCCAAUGACUACUUUUCUAAUUCAAUCCUGACAAAAACCUACAAGAUGAAGUCAGAGCCAGACAAGACAGAUCCUUUUUCAUUUGAAGGACCUGAAAUAGUUGACUGUGAGGGGUGUACUAUUGACUGGAAGAAAGGAAAAAAUGUUACAGUUAAAACAAUCAAGAAGAAACAGAAACACAAGGGUCGAGGCACAGUUCGGACAAUUACUAAACAAGUUCCUAACGAUUCUUUUUUUAACUUCUUCAACCCAAUAAAGGUGUCUGGCGAUGGAGAGUCAUUGGAUGAAGAUUCAGAGUUCACCCUAGCAGCAGAUUUUGAAAUUGGUCACUUCUUUCGUGAAAGGAUAGUUCCUCGUGCUGUGCUUUAUUUCACUGGGGAAGCUAUAGAAGAUGAUGAUAACUUUGAAGAGGGUGAAGAAGGUGAAGAGGAGGAGCUGGAGGGGGAAGAGGAGGGUGAGGAAGAAGAUGAUGCAGAGAGUGAUCCGAAGGUGUAAUUUAAGUCUGUUUAUCAUUCAUACAUUUCUAGAAAGAUUCCAGCCAACCUGCUGAAUGCAAACAACAGUAAUAAGGAAAUACCACUUCAAAGUGAUAUUUGAACAACUUGUAACAAAUAUUUGGAUACCUGGCCUGCAGUUCAGGAUAUUCCAUCGCUGCAGCACAAUCUUAUUAACAAUGCUUAAAAUUAAUUUGUUUUAAAAAUGCAUGAUUUUCACUAACUCUUCUUUUUUGCUUAACAUGUACAGUGGCAACUUCAAUGCAUUUGGGAAACAUGAGGUUUAAAUAAAGCACACUCUACAGCCGUUGGUACACUGUAGCUAAGUAUGUCAGUAGGCCUUUAGAGCCUUGUGCCCUGUGUGUAGGGGAAAUAGUCCAGACUACCAAGUGAAGAUUAUCCAUUUUCUUGUUCAACAUUGACAAUUGUGGAAUAGCACAUGUGCCGAGAAGCUAAAGUAAAUGGAUUACUACAUGUAUGGUAGCUGAAACAGAUAGAGCAAUAUGACUUUUUUUGCUAGUUCCCCCCUCCUUUUUUAAUGUUCUUGCAACCUACAAAUUCAACUAGUGCUUGAGCAGCUUUAAAUGUCAUAUUUAUUAUCUCAGUAAAACCAAUUGAAUUGAAGUAAACUUUACUUCACUGAAGGGGGUGUCAUAUUUGAGACUUAGUUGUUCAUCUUUCUAUUUAUUUAUUCAUGUUUGUAAGUACUUUGACAGAAUUAGUGCUUUUUAAUAGUUUUUAAUAUACUUGAAAAUAUUCUUCCUGUUUUGCAUAAAAUAUGGGUACUUGUAAAACACAAAUUUGACUUGGUCUCAAUGUAGUAGUCUAGACAGAAGAAUUGAACUUGCAUCAAAAUGACAUCUCUUCUGGAUGAAGAUCAAAAUCUAAAGGCCAAACUGUUGCUGUUGAUGGAAGUGGGUUGCAGCCAAAGAACCAGAAAAUUUCCAGUAGUCUUAUUGCUUAGUGUCCAGCAUGGAARGACCUUUCACUAUGAACACAAAUUUAACAAAAUUCAGCUCAAUAAAUCUGAAGUUUUGGUGUCUUAUUUGCAACACUGGAAUUAUUCCCUUCCACAAUUUUUGUUUUUAAAGCUCUGAAGUCUUCAGAACUACCUUCUUGUCCUUGUGAGGCACUUCAGGUACACGUUUCUAGUCUCCGCAUCCAUUGCCAACCUCGGGCAGCAGUUGAAUAGCAGCUGUAUCAACACUGUGACCAGGCAUGUAGAGUGCUCCA